ACCCUAUGGAUGCAACGAAUGUGGGAAAAUGUUCUCCAUCAAGUUUAGUCUCAUCCUACACCAAAGAACUCAUACAGGGGAAAAACCCUAUGAAUGCAGUCAGUGUCAGAAGACUUUCAGCCAAAAGUCACACCUGAAUAUUCAUCAGCAGUCUCACACUGGAGAGAAACCUUAUGAAUGUGGAGAAUGUCACAAAGCCUUCAGCCGGAAGUCCUAUCUCCUGAUCCAUCAGAGAAUUCACUCAGGAGAGAAGCCUUACAAAUGCCUUGAGUGCGGGAAGACUUUCUCUCGUAAGUUUAGUCUCACUACUCAUCAGAGAAUCCAUACAGGAGAGAAAUCCUAUGGAUGCAGUGAAUGUGGGAAAACUUUUCCCAUCAAGUUUAGCCUGGUUUUACAUCAGAAAACACAUACAGGAGAGAAACCCCAUGAAUGCAGCAAAUGUCAGAAAUCUUUUGCCCAGAAGUCACAUCUUAUUAUACAUCAAAGAACGCAUAUAGGUGAGAAACCUUACGAAUGCACUGAAUGUUGGAAAACCUUCUUCCGCAAAUUCAGCCUCAUUCUACAUCAGAAAACACACAAAGGAGAGAAAUCAUAA